AUGUCCGUUCCUCAAGGCAAGGCUGCCUACAAGAAGAAGGAUGGCAUCAUCACACUAUCUGAGGACCAGCGAACGGUCAUCUGGACGCCUCUCCCCGGAACCGGCCCGCCUGUUAUCUCCUUGAAUGUCGCCAACAUUACGAACUUGCAGCAAACACCGGAUUCUUCCGCCAAGGUCAUGCUGAAGAUCUUUGAGAAGCCGCCGUCAUCGGAAGGCGAUGCUGUGGCCUUCCUCUUUCAUUUCACCUCCCCCACCGAUGCCAGGGCCGAGGCAAAUGCUGUCAAGGACCUGCUCUCUCGCUUACUGGUAGAGAUACGCGGCAGCGACCCCAGGCUGCCCAAGCCAGCAGCAACGCCGGCUGCUGCAAGCCCGGCUGCUGCUGGCAACGUGAAUGGGAGCGGAUCCGCAGCUAUGUCCUUUGCCAGCGCCGUCAACUCGAGACCUGCCGCGGCUCGGUGGUUUGAUGACAGCCAGCUAAGGUCAGAUAUCGAGCUCCAGCAGUCGCUCAUGAAGCGCGAUAGGAAUCUCCACCAGACAUACAUGGAUGCCCGGCAAACAAAACCCGACUCCAUCUCGGACGCUGCCUUUAAUUCGCAGUUUUGGUCAACUCGAACCAGCCUUCUCCGAGCUCACGCAAUCGAGAUGAACCAGAAGAAAGGCGCCUAUAACGUCUUGUCAGCAGUCAAACCCAAAACGGUGGAUGGUGAGCUGAAGCUCAACAUUAGCGUUGAGCAGGUCCAGAUGAUCUUUGCCCAGCACCCACUCGUGAAGAGACUCUACAACGAGAAUGUGCCCAAGCUCUCUGAGGGUGAAUUCUGGUCGCGAUUCUUUCUCAGUAAACUUUCAAAGAGGCUCCGGGGAGAACGGGUCAACGAUAACGACAACACGGACCAGCUCUUUGACAAGUUCAGCGAAGCUGAUGACACUGUCCAGGCCACCAGGAUCCUGUCUCUGAAUGUGCCGCAUAUCAUUGACCUGGAGGGAAACGAAGAGAACCAAGGCGGUUACAAGAGUGGGAACCGCAAGGACGUCGAGAUGCGGCCUAGAUCAAACGUACCGAUUGUCAAGACGUUGAACAGCCUGAGCGAGAGGAUCAUGGCGAAUGUCGCACCCUCAGACCAGGAUGCAGCCAACCCUUCCGGCCUCGACGACGAGACGUACAGCGAGCUGGCUCUACGCGAUCUCCGCGGCGACUUGGAAGAGAGCAGGAUCAUUCUAAAUGUCAAGGAGCAAAGCCGGUUCUUUUCCAACCAAGACUCGGGUGCAUCGGCUGAUGCUAAAGUCUACGAGAGUCAAGUCCCAUCCGAAGUUCUCUUUGAUGUUCAGGCGGACCUAGACACUCUCGAGGAGGAUGGAGCCGGCGGGAUAGAUCUUCACACCGGCAUUGGGGUCGAUGAAGAUAGCGAUAGCGAUGACGAAACACCCAGGCAGGCCCAUGUCGGAUCACGAGCUUCGAGGAGGGGCGCACAGUCACGCAUUCUUUGUGGACUUGCGCAGCGGCGGGCCGAGGCGUUCGGCCAGGAGUCGGAUGAAACGAAGCCAAUGGGUCUCCCACAAGAGAUAGCACAAAAGGCGUUUCUCACCAAUGCCACCACGGUCGAGUUCCUGAAACAGUUCUGGACUACGUUCCUGUCGGGAGACCCUGACCGAGCCCAGGAACUCGCCUACCAUGUCGAGUCGCUGAAGAAAUCGCUCAUGCGAAUCGAUGCCGUUGCCGAGGAAGCGGAAGCUGCCAGGGAGCAACUCAUCAAGCAAAGGAGAGAGGAAAUCCGUGUCUAUUAUGAGAGGACUAAGAAUAGAAUCAAGUGGAGGUCUGACAUGGCACGUGGGGGCAAGAAAGCCGUGCUGACUCUCCUUGGCCCGACAAUAAAGGCCCUCCAGAAUGCGCAUGUUGAAGCCAUAGGCUGCAAGUCCCGAAAGGCCCUCUGGAUGCAUGCGGUGAGGGCUCGCGCCCUGCACGCAGUCCCGGUAACAUUCAGAACCAGGGCCCGACACUUUGUGAAGAGUGGCACCAGCGUGUCAAUUCCCCAGUCCAGACCUCACAGUCGAAGUCUUGCUAGUACACCAGCGUGUUGCCGCUCCGCCCCCGAUGAAGGCGAUGAACCCAAGAAAGACAAUGAACACCGUCCCCGGACCCGCCAACCCGAACAAAGCGCCCGGACAGGAAAGACUGCUGGAGACUCCGAGGCUGAUGGGAAAGCGGCGGACUCCCCGACAACUUCAACUCCAGCCGCCGAGGGCUUGAAGGAGGCCUUCGCUGGUCUCCCUGGUCGAGGCCGGAAUGGGCGGAAGAGAGCCGAAGAUGGAAUGCCCCCAGUCAAUCUGCCCCGGUGGUUUCUAAGCGAAUCCGUCAGCCUCAACGAUCGAGACACCCCUAGUGAACACGACCCCCAUUUCAGCGACCGGAUAGACCUGACCACUAUCUCAUCAGAAGCGAGAGACACACUCUACGACUACUAUAUGAGUUUGCUUAGAGAGGUAUCAUGGACGGAAGACAGUGUUGUUGAUGCCGUCUCAAGACUGCGCAAUGGCGACAUUGACCCGGUCGAAGCCUCAAUCGAGUUGGUACCCUGGUAUAUGGCUCACAUUCUUGCUGUACUAGCUUGUGGCCAAAACGGUUACUUGCAAUCGGCAACGAACUUGCACCAGCUGCUGCGAAAGCACAUCGCGGACCUCCCAAAGAUCUUAGCUCCCAACCGACCCCACCGGCCUUGCGAGCAGUUGGUUCAUUCUAAAGCUUCUGUCUCUUUCGCAUCAGGGACCCUGUCUCCUUGGCUUACAGGGAGGAAUGGUGACAAGGGCGAUGCGCUGAUGCGUCGCGAACUGGUUGCGACCUUGCGGGCUGAACUGAGAGCUGUUCCAUCAAAGCAUCGACUCUCAGAAAAAGCCAAGAGACCGGUUUCUGUGCUCACAGUGACAAACUUCCAAGGCCGGAAGGUGGCCGUCUCAGUGUUGGAUGAUGUGGCAAAAGUGCUCGAGGCGGACAUUGUUCACCUCAGUGCUCCUAGUCUCGCCGAGAUUGUCGGCGGCUAUCUGGGCCAAACCCCUUAUACGGGCCGUGGCGACAUCACCAUGUUAGGGUAUGCAGCCGCGGCGAUCAAUAGUCGGAUGCCACCGAGGUAUCAGGAGAAAAAGGACGAGGAUGUUGAGAUCCCCGAGCUGUUCUCUCAAGGCUCAGCCCGUGUCAUCAAGCUUCCAGGACUUGGACGCUUGGCCAAUAAACUAUACCAGAAUGCCGAGUCGGAUGAUCGAUGGGAUGAUUUGAAGACUCAGCAUGUACUAGACGAACUCACUCGGGCUGCUGACAUCAAACGCCCUGAGCAAAAUGCCCCGAGGGGCUCGAGGCUGAUCGUGCAUCUGUCCGAGUUUGUUGAGCUGAACAUGACCGGAGAAGGGGUCAUGCUCCUCAACAAGUUGCGCGUCGUUAUCGACCGCAUGUGGCAAAAGGGCACGGAAGUCAUUCUUGUCGGGUCGACCUCCUCCAACCUGGCGAAGUCAACAGAACUUCGUGACAAGAUUGAGGAGAUGAGCAAGGAUGAGUACCAUUUCAUCCCAUUCCACCAAAGUCUACCUGAGAGCACGCAAAAGGAAUGGGAACAGGAGGACAUCGCCUCGGAGAACCUAAGCAACAUCAGAGUUAUGCUGUCAGCCAUGGCGGGAAAGCCCAUUCGACUCCCUGAUGUCGCUACUAAUGAUAGCCCUGGCAACAAGGAAGUCCAGCAAUUUAGGGACUACCUGAGUGUUGCAGUGUACGAUAUUAAUUGGGUGUACAGGUUUGCGACCAAGAUUCUUGCUUUCGCAGGAUCUUCGCUGGAAGCUCUCCAUCAGGGCACAGUCCUGGAGGCGUUCCAUAUCAUGAAAAACCAGGACAAGUUCUGGGACCAACUCCAUGGCGCCGAGGGCCCAUACUUCUCGCCAUUGGCCUCCUCUCCGAAAUUGUCAGCGUCAGGAAAUGCGAUUGCGGGUGGCGCCUCGAAAGUUCCGUAUAGAGGAGAACUGAAUGAGUUUGAGAAGAAGUUCCUGCCCAGCCUGGUCAACCAAAAAGAAAUCAAGACGACCUUUGACGACGUCAUCUGCCCGCAGGAUACCAAGGAGACCCUCAUCGCGCUGACCUCGCUCUCCUUGACGCACCCGGCAGCCUUUCUCUACGGCGUUCUUGCUACCGAGCGAAUUCCCGGCUGCCUCCUUUACGGCCCGCCGGGGACCGGUAAGACGCUCAUGGCCAAGGCCAUCGCCAGGCACUCGGGCGCCAGCAUGCUCGAGGUGAGCGCCGCGAGCAUCAACGACAAGUGGGUGGGCAACAGCGAGAAGAACGUGCGCGCGCUUUUCUCCCUCGCGCGCAAGCUGUCGUCCACCGGGUCCCCCGUCGUGCUCUUCCUCGAUGAGGCCGACGCCCUGCUCGGCUCGCGCAGCAGCGCGCGUUCCCGCUCGGGCGGCCACCGCGAGACUCUCAACCAGUUCCUGCGCGAGUGGGACGGCCUCACCGACGCCAACAAGGCCUUUGUCAUUGUCGCCACCAACCGGCCCUUUGACCUCGACGACGCCGUCCUGCGCAGGCUGCCGCAACGCGUGCUCUUCGACCUGCCCCUGCGCGACGGCCGCCUCGCCAUCCUGCGCAGCCUGCUCCGCGACGAGACGCUCGACGCGGCCACCGUCUCGCUCGACGCCCUCGCCGCGGCGACGGAGCUCUACUCGGGCUCCGACCUCAAGAACGUGUGCGUUGCCGCGGCCAUGGAGGCCGUCAAGGAAGAAGUCCGCGCCGCCAAGAGGCACAACGACGACGACGACGACGACGCCGCCGCCGCCGCCGGGCCUUACGUCUUCCCCGAGCGCCGGGUCCUGCGCGGCAGCCACUUUGGCAAGGCGCUGCGGGACAUCGGGGCGAGCAUCAGCGAGGACAUGCCGUCACUGCAGGCGAUCCGCAAGUUCGACGAGCGCUACGGCAGCGCGCGGAGCAAGAAGCGCAGGCGCAUGGGGUUCGAGGUCAUGGGUGACAGCUCGCCGCGCUCGGACGAGGCGCUUGUCCGUCAGCCCGGAGGGGUUUGA